GCCCCGCCCUGUGACCUUAAUCCUUCCAAAGCUGGGGGAAGAGAGGGGGGCUGUUUGCAGAUGACUCUUCAACCUCCAAAGAAGGAUGUCGGCAUCUGAAGGCGGGAAAGACAUCACCCCAGAGCCCAGUCCAACCAAUGGCUCAGGCCCUAGUCGCGAAUGGGGGCUGUGCCCUGGGCCCCCAGACUCAGGGGGUGAAAUCGGCAGGGCAUCGGGCUUGGGGACCCCUAAACGAAGGACUCAGCACAGUAAGCACAAGACAGUGGCAGUGGCCAGUGCCCAGCGGUCACCGCGGGCACUCUUCUGCCUCACCCUGGCCAACCCUCUGCGGCGGUCCUGCAUCAGCAUCGUGGAGUGGAAGCCCUUCGACAUCCUCAUCCUGUUAACCAUCUUUGCCAACUGCGUGGCCCUGGGGGUCUACAUCCCCUUCCCAGAAGACGACUCCAACACUGCCAACCACAACCUGGAGCAGGUGGAGUACGUAUUCCUGGUGAUUUUUACUGUGGAGACAGUGCUUAAGAUCGUGGCUUACGGGCUGGUGCUCCAUCCCAGCGCCUACAUCCGCAAUGGCUGGAACCUACUCGACUUCAUCAUCGUCGUGGUUGGGUUAUUCAGCGUGCUGCUGGAGCAGGGCCCCGGACGGCCCGGGGACGCUCCGCAUACCGGGGGGAAGCCAGGAGGCUUUGAUGUGAAGGCAUUGCGGGCAUUUCGGGUGCUGCGGCCACUGAGGCUGGUGUCUGGGGUCCCGAGCCUGCACAUAGUGCUCAAUUCCAUCAUGAAGGCGCUGGUGCCGCUGCUGCACAUCGCACUGCUAGUGCUCUUCGUCAUCAUCAUUUAUGCCAUCAUCGGACUCGAGCUGUUCCUCGGACGCAUGCACAAGACAUGCUACUUCCUGGGAUCUGACAUGGAAACCGAGGAGGACCCGUCGCCCUGUGCAUCUUCGGGCUCAGGGCGUGUGUGCACGCUGAACCAGACCGAGUGCCGCGGGCGCUGGGCAGGACCCAACGGAGGCAUCACCAACUUCGACAACUUCUUCUUCGCGAUGCUGACCGUCUUCCAGUGUGUCACCAUGGAAGGCUGGACCGAUGUGCUCUACUGGAUGCAGGAUGCCAUGGGGUAUGAGCUGCCCUGGGUGUAUUUCGUGAGUCUUGUUAUCUUUGGGUCCUUCUUCGUUCUCAACCUUGUACUUGGCGUCCUGAGUGGGGAGUUCUCCAAGGAGAGGGAAAAGGCAAAAGCGCGAGGCGAUUUCCAGAAGCUUCGAGAGAAGCAGCAGUUGGAGGAGGACCUGCGGGGCUACCUGGACUGGAUCACGCAAGCGGAGGAGCUGGACAUCGAAGACCCCUCAGCUGACGGCAACUUUGGUUCUGUGGCUGAAGAGGGCCGAGCUGGCCACCGGCCACAACUGGCAGAGCUGACCAAUAGGAGACGUGGACGUCUGCGUUGGUUCAGUCACUCCACCCGCUCCACACACUCCACCAGCAGCCAUGCCAGCCUCCCAGCCAGUGACACCGGUUCAAUGACAGAGACUCCAGGCGAUGAGGAAGAGGAGGAGGAGGCUUUGGCCGGUUGUACACGCUGCCUAAACAAGAUCAUGAGAACCAGGGUCUGCCGCCACCUUCGUCGAGCCAACCGGGGCCUUCGGGCAUGCUGUCGUCAGGCUGUGAAGUCCAAUGCCUGUUACUGGGCCGUGCUGCUGCUAGUCUUCCUCAACACGCUGACCAUCGCCUCAGAGCACCACGGGCAGCCCGUAUGGCUCACUCAGACCCAGGAGUAUGCCAACAAAGUGUUGCUCUGUCUGUUCACGGUGGAGAUGCUUCUCAAGUUGUAUGGUCUGGGCCCCUCCACCUAUGUUUCCUCCUUCUUCAACCGCUUUGACUGCUUUGUGGUCUGUGGGGGCAUCCUGGAGACCACCCUGGUGGAGGUGGGCGCCAUGCAGCCCCUGGGCAUCUCAGUGCUCCGAUGUGUGCGCCUCCUCAGGAUCUUUAAGGUCACCAGGCACUGGGCAUCUUUGAGCAAUUUGGUGGCGUCCCUGCUCAAUUCAAUGAAAUCCAUCGCAUCCUUGCUGCUUCUCCUCUUCCUCUUUAUCAUCAUCUUCUCCUUGCUUGGCAUGCAGCUGUUUGGGGGCAAGUUCAACUUUGACCAGACGCACACUAAGCGAAGCACUUUUGACACCUUCCCCCAGGCCCUCCUCACUGUCUUUCAGAUCCUGACAGGUGAGGACUGGAAUGUGGUCAUGUAUGAUGGUAUCAUGGCCUAUGGUGGCCCCUUCUUCCCAGGGAUGCUGGUGUGUGCCUACUUCAUCAUUCUCUUCAUCUGCGGCAACUACAUCCUGUUGAAUGUGUUUCUUGCCAUUGCUGUGGACAACCUGGCCAGCGGAGAUGCAGGCACUUCCAAGGACAAGUGCAGGGAGAAGAGCACUGAGGGGAAAUCACCACAGGAGAAUGGAGCAUUGGUGCCUGGUGGGGAGAAUGAGGAAGAGAAGGGUGCAAAGAAUGAAGGAGCAGGCAUGGAGGAGCAGGAGGAGGAGGAGGAGGAAGAGGAAGAGGAGGAGGAGGAGGAGGAAAGGGGUGCAGGACGUGUGGAACUCCUGCAGGAAGUUGUACCCAAGGAGAAGGUGGUGCCCAUCCCUGAGGGCACUGCCUUCUUCUGCCUCAGCCAAACCAACCCAUUGAGGAAGGCCUGCCACACCCUCAUCCACCAUCACGUCUUCACCAAUCUUAUCCUGGUGUUCAUCAUCCUCAGCAGUGUGUCCCUGGCCGCUGAGGACCCCAUCCGAGCUCACUCCUUCCGCAACCACAUUCUGGGGUACUUUGAUUAUGCCUUCACCUCCAUUUUCACUGUGGAGAUUCUACUAAAGAUGACAGUGUUUGGGGCCUUCCUGCACCGAGGCUCCUUCUGCCGUAGCUGGUUCAAUCUACUGGAUCUGCUGGUGGUCAGCGUGUCCCUCAUCUCUUUUGGCAUCCACUCCAGCGCCAUCUCGGUGGUGAAGAUUCUGCGAGUACUCCGAGUACUUCGGCCCCUUCGAGCCAUCAACCGGGCCAAGGGACUCAAGCAUGUGGUGCAGUGUGUGUUUGUGGCCAUCCGGACCAUCGGGAAUAUCAUGAUUGUAACCACACUCCUGCAAUUCAUGUUUGCCUGCAUUGGCGUGCAGCUCUUCAAGGGGAAAUUCUACAGUUGCACUGAUGAGGCCAAACACACCCCCCAAGAAUGCAAGGGCUUCUUCCUGGUCUAUCCUGAUGGAGAUGUGUCACGGCCCCUGGUCCGGGAGCGGCUCUGGGUCAACAGCGAUUUCAACUUUGACAAUGUCCUUUCAGCCAUGAUGGCUCUGUUCACUGUCUCCACCUUCGAAGGCUGGCCUGCGCUGCUAUACAAGGCCAUUGAUGCACAUGCAGAGAACGAGGGCCCCAUCUAUAAUUACCAUGUGGAGAUCUCAGUGUUCUUCAUUGUCUACAUCAUCAUCAUUGCAUUCUUCAUGAUGAACAUCUUUGUGGGCUUCGUCAUCAUCACUUUCCGUGCCCAGGGCGAGCAGGAGUACCAAAACUGUGAACUGGAUAAGAACCAGCGUCAGUGUGUGGAAUAUGCCCUCAAGGCCCAACCACUCCGCCGCUACAUCCCCAAGAACCCACAUCAGUAUCGCGUGUGGGCCACUGUGAACUCUGCUGCUUUUGAGUACCUCAUGUUCCUGCUCAUCCUGCUCAACACGGUUGCUCUAGCCAUGCAGCACUAUGAGCAGACUGCUCCCUUCAAUUAUGCCAUGGAUAUCCUCAACAUGGUCUUCACUGGCCUCUUCACUGUUGAGAUGGUGCUCAAAAUCACGGCCUUCAAACCCAAGCAUUACUUUGCCGAUGCCUGGAACACAUUUGAUGCUCUUAUUGUGGUGGGCAGCGUAGUGGACAUUGCCGUCACUGAAGUGAAUAAUGGUGGCCAUCUUGGCGAGAGCUCUGAGGACAGUUCCCGCAUUUCUAUUACCUUCUUUCGCCUCUUCCGAGUCAUGCGGCUGGUCAAGCUUCUCAGUAAGGGUGAAGGGAUCCGCACGUUGCUUUGGACAUUCAUCAAGUCCUUCCAGGCUUUGCCCUAUGUCGCUCUUCUCAUCGCAAUGAUAUUCUUCAUUUACGCAGUCAUUGGGAUGCAGAUGUUCGGCAAGGUGGCUCUUCAGGAUGGCACACAGAUCAACCGAAACAACAACUUCCAGACUUUUCCACAGGCUGUGUUACUUCUGUUCAGGUGUGCCACUGGUGAGGCAUGGCAGGAGAUAAUGCUUGCCACCCUUCCUGGGAAUCGGUGUGACCCCGAAUCUGACUUCGGUCCUGGCGAGGAGUUUACCUGUGGUAGCAAUUUCGCCAUCGCCUAUUUUAUCAGCUUCUUCAUGCUCUGUGCCUUCCUGAUCAUAAAUCUCUUUGUGGCUGUGAUCAUGGACAACUUUGAUUAUCUAACAAGAGAUUGGUCCAUCCUGGGCCCCCAUCACCUGGAUGAAUUCAAGAGGAUCUGGUCUGAGUAUGACCCUGGAGCCAAGGGCCGCAUCAAGCACCUGGAUGUGGUUGCCCUGCUGAGGCGCAUCCAGCCUCCCCUGGGAUUCGGGAAGCUGUGUCCACACCGAGUGGCCUGCAAGAGACUUGUGGCGAUGAACAUGCCCCUCAACUCAGAUGGGACGGUGACAUUCAACGCCACACUCUUUGCCCUGGUUCGGACAUCCCUGAAGAUCAAGACAGAAGGGAACCUGGAGCAAGCCAAUCAGGAGCUGCGGAUUGUCAUCAAAAAGAUCUGGAAGCGGAUGAAGCAGAAGCUGCUAGAUGAGGUCAUCCCCCUUGCUGACGAGGAAGAGGUCACUGUGGGCAAAUUCUACGCCACAUUUCUGAUCCAGGACUAUUUCCGCAAAUUCCGGCGGAGGAAAGAAAAGGGGCUACUAGGGACCGAGGCCGUCCCAAGCACCUCCUCGGCCCUUCAGGCUGGUCUGAGGAGCCUACAGGAUUUGGGUUCUGAGAUCCGGCAAGCCCUCACCUGUGACACAGAGGAAGAGGAGGAAGAGGGGAAAGAGGGAGAGGAGAAGGAAGAUAAGAAGGAUCCAGAAACAUACACAGCCCCAAUGGGUUCCCAGACCCCAUCUCGCCAGAGCUCGGUGAUUUCUGUGUCCCUGCCUGCUGGGAACAAACUCCAAGAUUCACUCUCCCUUGGGCCCAGUGAUGACGAAGGGGGAACUCCCAACUCCAGACAGUCCAGUGUGUCCCAGGCUGGAUCCCACGCCCACAGGAGGACCACUGGGGCUCCCAUUUUCACCAUUCCAGAAGAAGGACGUUUUCAUCCCGAAGAAACUGAAGGGCAGGAGGAGCAGGAUGAGGAAGAGGAAGUCCCUGGCGGGCUCUCUGACUAUGAUCAGCUCUCCUACUUAGAUGAGCAGGCAGAGACUCUCCCGCACCCCAGCCUUUUGCCACUUCACAGACCCCAGAAAUAUGUAGAGGGGCACCGUGCCACACGCCGCCGUCUGCUGCCCCCGACGCCUGCAGCCCCAGGUCGGAAGCCCUCUUUCACAAUCCAGUGUCUGCGGCGCCAGGGCAGUUGUGAUGAUUUGCCCAUCCCAGGCACAUAUCAUCGUGGGCGUAACUCAGGACACAGCAGGGCACAGGGUUCCUGGGCAACCCCUGCUCAACGGGGUCGGCUACUGUAUGCCCCACUGUUAUUGGUGGAAGAGGGUGCAGCAGGGGAGGGAUACCUCGGCAAAUCCAGCGGUCCACUGCGCACCUUUACCUGUCUGCACGUGCCUGGAACCCACUCAGACCCCAGCCAUGCCAAGAGAGGCAGUGCUGACAGCCUGGUGGAGGCUGUGCUCAUCUCCGAGGGCCUGGGCCUCUUUGCCCAAGACCCAUGCUUCGUGGCCCUGGCCAAGCAAGAGAUUGCAGAUGCAUGUCACCUGACACUGGACGAGAUGGACAGUGCAGCCAGUGACCUGCUGGCACAGAGGACCAGCUCAUUUUAUAGUGACGAGGAGUCUAUCCUCUCCCGCUUUGAUGAGGAAGACCUGGGAGAUGAGAUGGCCUGUGUCCAUGCCCUCUGAAUUCCCAUCCUCCCCACUACUCAAUAACCCUGCCUUCCCUUCCCCAGAGGGAGACAGGCAUGUACCACACCCUUGGAUUUUGGUGUCUUUGCACUGUGGGCCUAGUGCUUCCCAGGAGCCCCCAUCCAUCCAUCCCUCUGUUUCAGGGCUGAGCCACUGCCCACACAUGGGUAUUUCCAGAAACCAGGACAGCCAGGUCUGAUUCUUCAGCGUCAGUGAAGGAGGGAGGAGGAGGAGGAAGAGACAGCAGCCAAAAAAAGCUGGAGACAGAUUGGAGCUGGUGGGGGAGGGGGACGGUACUGGACAGACAUGGAGGAAAGAGGAGAGAGGGGAAUUGGAUGAGCAGUAAAGUCAGAGAUUCCACAAGGGGUCACUCAGGUCAGACUGAGGAAGGGCAAAUGGAUGGGAAGGAAAGAAUAAGGAAAUCCAGAGGAGAGUCCUGCCAGUAGAAAGGCCUAGAGGUUGGAAUAAGCCUAGUAUGUGAUGUGUCAGGCAGAGGGGUCCUCUGAUGGCAGUGGAAAUUUCAGGGAAGCUAAAUUGGGAUCACCCUGUCUCCCACCUCCCACCUUCUGCCUGGGAAAAUGAAAAUCUAAAUCCACUGGCAGAAGACAUGGGUGGCGGCAAAGGGUGUGGCUCCCAGCCCCGGGGAACACACUCAGGGUCACCUAGCUUUCCUGAGGUCAGCUGAGAGUCACCCACUCUCCUUCUACACAGAUCCCAGAGCUCCUCUUUCUGCUUCUUGCCUUACCUUUAGUCAUUGCCCAAACUUUAGGGUCUCACUCACUCAGCGAAUGUUUAUCAGGGACUUACUUUGUGCCAGGCACUCUUCUGGGUUUCCCUUAGAGAAAACUGAGCUGGCUUAGACAUGUGACAGGACUUGUCCAAAGUGGUAGUCAGUCCCACUCCACAGGAGUUGGAGGCACUGCUGGGAGUGACACGGGAUAGGGCCACCACUUGGGAAGGUAUGAUCUAGGGUCUCCUCUGAGCUCUCAGAGCAGGGGUUUCUCACUUGUAUAAUUUGUGUCAAUCAAUCCACUGAAAUUUGAGGAAAGCCAGAAUUGGAGACUGGAACGUAGAAUAUAGAGUUGCACUAGGCCUUGAAACAAAGGCGUGUUGUGGAUGGGCUACUCCAUUGUGUAUUGUGGGGACAACAAGUCAUGGAUAGGACAUAGAUAGUGAAAGGAGAUUUGAGGGAUGAGGUGGGAGAGGCCACCUGAGGCCAGAUGACGCUAAGCAUUUCAAUGCCAGGCCCCAAAACCUGGGACUUUUCCUAAAAUCAGUGGGAAUCCAUGGGAGGGAUUUCAGCAGGGUAGCGACAUAGUUAACUUUGCAUUUUAAACAGAUGCUCUGAUGGCUGUGCUGAAAACAGAAGGGAGGGGGAAGGGAUUGGAGAUGCUAAAAUUGGCAGGAACAAUGGUCGCCUUAGCCAGGGGAGGGGGCAGAGGAGAUGAUGAGAAGUGAGUGGAUUCCAGAGAUGUAUAAGAGGUAAAAUGAACCAUUUAUUUGGCCCUGUGCUAAAUGCAUUACAGUGAUUAUCUUGUUUAAUCUGCACAACAACCCUAUAGGUACCAUUUUAAGCCAUCUUACAUGUUCAAAGUCAUACAGGAAUAAAUAAAUAUUAGAGGUGGGAUUUAAACUCAAGCGAUUGAAUGUCAAGACCCAUGAUUUUCCCCCAGUAAGGCAAUAACUGGGAAGUAUCCAUUACAUAUUUAUGUGAAUUUGAGUGUGUGUGUUCUAAAAAAUAGGUAUACAUUCAGAUAAUUAAAAAUUCAAGAGGUACAAGGGAUAUACAAUGAAAAAUUUCCCUUCCCCCGGCAUUAUCAGAUAUGUGUGUUUUUUUUAAGAUUUUAUUGGGGAAUUAG